ACGAAAAGCAUCUUAACAAGUUUCUCAAUAAAGCCAAUGUUUCAUCGCUAUACAGAUGUCUUGAAACAUGUUCAACGUGAAACACAUCAAAAGCAUUAAAGAAAAAGAAGAAGAAGAAGUCCUCCGGCGAUGGACGGUGCUUCUACGCAGUUGUGAAAAAUUGUGGAAAUUUUGGUGAAUUUGUGGGUGAAAAAGCAUGUGGAAUUAUGUUUCGAGGAGGAUAAAGGACACCUUGGAGAAGACGGCCAACAUCUUCGAUGCUGGCCGUGCGCAUUUCAACCAUUUUGAGUGUCCGCUGGCACGGAGGAAGGCUGCCGCCGUUGCGUUGAGGAAGAAAAAGUGCUCCCUCGCGCACUUCCGGAAGUCUUCAGCCGUUGGGAGUGAUUUCAAGGAAUCCGAGUCGGGGCAGGAUGAGUACAAGGAGCGCAUUAAUCACGACAAUCUCAAUCAGUCGUGGUUGGGAGCCAUAACCUGGAGUAGCGCCAUCAUCUGCGGAUGGUACACAAGUCAGCUACUCUGUAUGCGACGGCGACAGCUUGCUUGGGAACGUCGUAGCGCCUUCCAUCCGGCAAUUUAUGGGUUUUUGCCGCCACCCAAUCGUGGCUUCCAUACGGGUCCCUUUGCACGGGUUGCCUUAACAGCGCCUGGGAAGGAAUUGGGGGUGGGGAAGUCUUCAGACUUCCCAUUGGAUCCCUCCAAAUUCAUCUACAACGUCAGCAAUGAUGAGACAAGCGACGAGCCCAAAAUUUCCACUGAGAAAUUAACAAUAAGAGAUGCAGCUCGUGAUCUCAAGAGCCUCAUUGGGGAUACACACUUCAAUUUUGCCGUACAGAGUAUACAGAAUGGGAGUAAUUUUGAGGAGGCAGUCUUCCAUUUUCGCCUUGCAACAUUUCACCGUCACCCUGCGGCAACGUUUAAUUUGGGGCUGUGCUACGAGCGCGGUUUGGGGGUGAAGAAGAAUCUCCGGCAGGCCAUGGAGUGCUACCAAAUGGCCACGGAGUUGGGGCAUCCGAAGGCAAUGUACAAUCUUGGGGUGUUCUACGUGCACGGGCUUGGUGGUCUCAAGCGUAGUCGUCGUGUGGCGCGACAACUCUUCGAGGCGGCAGCACAACUCGGGCAGGAGGAUGCUCAGGCGGCACUAAAGAUGCCAAAUCGGAGCACCACCAAGGACGUACAAGACUACCAUCAUCCCACAAAUAUUGCCCUAACAACAAGUUGGCGUCCCAUUGAGGCAUCCUAGUGUGUGGAUUGGGGGUCCUGGAGUCCUGCUGCUGUGAGUUUUCCUAGAAACUACAUAUUAUAUACUUAACCUACAUUGUAUGAAGUGAUAAAGCAUUGUAUUGAAGAUCCGAAAUACAGGUGAUUGUGUGGGAAUAAUCUCUGAAAUUAA